GAAAUUAGUGAGUAAAUCAUAUGCAUGUAUAGACAUAAUGCUUAAAUAUAUUGACAAACAAUGCAGGUCCAGACUCUCAAGCUUUAUGGUCUCCAGUGUCCCACACCAUCCUCAUUACAUCUCCUAGCAGAAGCACUGUGUUCUAUGCCCAACCUGACUAACCUGACACUUAAAGGGCAUAUCUAUAAGGAGUUCUACUCUGCAUUGAAAGCAAAGGCAUCAUCCAUACAGGGUUGUUUUCCUCAGAUCAGGAAGGGAAACUUCAGGUUGAAUGGAGUUAUUCAAGAUGACUUGAACUCAUUUCUUCACACCCUCUCAAGGUCACCUCUCCAACGAUUAAGAGACAGUCACCAUGGCAACACAUACAACACAAGAAAUGUCUCAUCAGAGCAAUCAAGAGCAACGUAUCAAGAAACCGGGGCAAGCAUUAGUCAUGUGAACCCACUACAUGCCAACGCCAGUGUUUACCUUGACACCUUAUCAAGAGGGUUAGGUGCCAAUAUUCCAGUCUUGCAAGAGUCUUUGGAUAAUGCUCUUGUGAGGCAAGCUGUACAACAGCCAGGUACAUUGAGGAAUCAGACUGGUAUUUGGCCAGUCUAUUUAGAGAAUAAUGCACCACCGUGGAAUCCUGGGCCUAGUCAGCCCCAAUUUAUGCCUUCCAAUCUCCAAUCAGAUAUGUCCGCUGGGUACCAGACCCCUGCUCCAAAUGAGCCAUGCAGUGGUUAUAAUUGCAGUCCUGAGUAUAGAGCGGCUUACUACAAUCCUACCUACAGUGCCACUAUGUCAAGUUCUGCAUCUCCUAACCCUCCAGUCUCAAGACAUGAUCAACCUACCAUGUCCGCAGGGUACCUUUCACCAUCACAGUAUCCACCACCGGUUCCUGAGAGCACAGGUGCUACACGUACCACCAUGCCUUGGUCAAGUCAGGGUCACGGCACUCAAUCCUACCAUGCCUCUACAUCCAGCUCCGCUUUGUUGUGUAACCCUCCAGUCUCAAGACAUGAUCAACUUACCAUGUCUGCAGGGUACCUUUCACCAACACAGUAUCCACAACCUGUUCCUGAGUGCACAGGUGCUAGACAUUCCACCAACUUUUCAUCCUCGAUCCAAAGUACAAGCAGUACUGGUAGGGACCACCCUAAACAGCAACCCACGGCCAAUGUACACUCUCCAAGAAGGACAUUGCCACCAUCAGACCACCCUCAACAACUACCCAUGGGUGAUGUACACUAUCCAAGAAGGACAUUACCACCAUCAGACCACCCUCAACAACACACAGAGAUUGUAGCAGUAGCGUGA